AAACGUUUACCUUUACAUUUACAAUUUACUUUAUAUAGGUAAUAUCUUGCACAUUUGUAUAAAUACGGCGCCUAUAAAAAGUGUUAAGACACUACGCCCUUGCUUUCAUUAUCAGCUGUUCAGUUUCCACACGCAUGUAAACAAUUGCGAACUCACCACGACUGGAAAACGCGGUGCAGGUUUUCCUCUUAUUUUUAAUAAAUUUGCUAUUUAUUAGUGCAUAAAUAUAAAGUUAGUUAAUUUAUUUAAAUACGCUUAACUAUGCCUAUGAUAGUCAUAUCCGGUUUACCGUCCAGUGGUAAAACAACUCGUGCAAAAGACCUGCAGAAAUACUUUUCUGAUAAAGGAAAGAAGGUGCACUUCAUCUCGGAGAAUAUCUCUAUAGCUAAUGCAGGUUUUGCGAAAAAUGAUUAUUUCGCUGAUUCACAAAAGGAGAAACAAGUGCGUAGCGAUAUCAAGUCAGAAGCGCUACGACUACUUAAUAAAGACGACGUAGUCAUUGUGGAUGCGGGCAAUUACAUUAAAGGCUAUCGCUACGAGUUGUUCUGCGCGACAAAGGCUGCACGCAGUACGCAAUGCACACUCUUCUGCGGCAUACAAGAGGCACGCGCCUGGGAGUUCAAUCAGCAACGAACAGGUGAAGAUGUGGUGCCAAGUGCGUCGAACAAUACAACAGAUAACUCUAAUGUGCCAUAUACGCGCGAGAUAUUCGAUGCGCUCUGUAUGCGCUUCGAAGAGCCACACGGCAAUUGUCGUUGGGAUAGUCCACUAUUUGUAGUGUUCCCAGACGAUACACUUGAAUUUGAAGCCAUCUAUGGUGCGCUGUAUGAAUCAAAACCAUUACCGCCGAAUCAAAGCACGCAGAAUCCGCCACUAAGUGCUACGAAUUAUCUCUUUGAGCUGGAUAAGUUAACGCAACAAAUUAUAGCGGACGUGUUGGCUGCGCGCAAAAUCGGCAAUACAGGUCCCGUGCCGGUCAAAGGUAGUCUGGUAAAAGUGGAAGUGCCAGCGGGUGUAAACGCUAUACAGCUUAAUCGUUUGCGUAGACAAUUUCUUAACUAUACCAAAUUGCACCAUGCCACCACAAGCACUUUAGAUAAAGUGCCGCAAUUGUUCGUGCAAUUCCUCAAUUCUAAUUGUAAUGAAUAGCGUAUGAUUUAAACAAAUUAGAAAAUCGAAAAUUUGAUUUAUGUAUACGGAGUGACAUUUAGUAAUUGACAGCGUGGCUAUGCAUAAUUUUGGUGAUGUUUAACUCAGUUGUCUCCAGUUUGACAAACAAACUUUGCAAAUAAAACAAACAAUUUAUUUUUUGCUAUGCCGAAAUAUUUUCAACAACUGUUCCAUUUAUUUUUAACGUUAUAAGUAUUUUUUUGUUUUUGAUUUAUACAAAGUUGUCUUAAUACAGGCGUUUUAUCUAAUUUAUUACUACCGUUGUUGGAUGCAAAAUUAAUUACAAAUAAAACGUUUUCCAUUUAACUUUAUCAAA